AUGCAUAAGAACAGAAAUCCGGAAAAUGUUACUUCUUACAAACAGCUGCUGCGGUCGUUCAAAGUGUUACACAGAGAAGCGUAUCAAGUGUACAUCACUGGGAUCCAGAAUGGGAUAAAGGAAAACCCGAAGUCGUUUUGGAAAUUCGUGAAUAGCAGACGACAAAAUAGGGGAAUUCCGGACGUGAUAAGUUACGGUAACCGAUCUUCAACUUGUGGACAAGAGACCGCCGAGCUCUUUGCGGAGUAUUUCAAGAGCGUUCAUCAAAAUGUCCAACCGAGAAUCGUCAACUCUUCGAUUGACAGGGCCGAUGACCUGUUGGUUCUCUCACAUCGUGAAGUGAAUCAAGGUCUAUCGGAUUUGGACCCGGGUAAGUCAGCAGGACCAGAUAGACUCCCCGCAAAACUUCUGAAAGAAAUCAAGGAUGAACUUAUCGAACCCCUGACUACUCUAUUCAAUUACUCGCUUACGUCCGGCUACUUCUCGCCACUGUGGAAAAUCUCGCACAUUACUCCAAACCAUAAGAAGGGCCCACGUUCAGAUGUCGAAAACUACCGGGGUGUUGCAAUCCAGUCUGCGAUGCCAAAGUUAUUUGAACGACUUGUUUACUCUCGCCUUUAUGAACGUAUUAUCGACCGUGUGUCAGCAGCACAACAUGGUUUCGUAAAAGGAAAGUCAGUUGUGACGAAUCUAUGCGAAUUUUGCUCUACCGUCACGGAUUAUAUAUCUAAAGGGUAUCAGGUUGCGCGCGGUGGCUGA